CUUCUCCUCCUCCUCCUCCCGUUUUUGCAUUGCUCGCAACUCAACACCUCGAUCGGAUCCAGGCAUGGAAGGAUCUCUAACCAUGAAGGAUUCAGCCAUGGACACGGUCAUCCUACUCCCAUGGAAGGAUCUCCAACCAGCAGCUACCUCGGUCUCGGAUCCAUGCGCACGCACCGACCCUGCCAUGACCUAUGAUGAUAUCCCAGUACUCUCUUCCCUUGACAAUGGCAGCGUCACUGCCGCUGAUGCUGGUUUACAGCCCAUGGAUGAGGAGCUGCCUAUUGUUGUUAAUCAAAACUCUGCCGCAAUUAAUGAUUCCCAUGAUGUAGAGAGCAAGGUCGAUUACGUUCCUCUCAGAAUUGUAAGGCCAGAGAUCACGGAGGGUGAGGGGAAAAAGCGUCCCGACAUUCGUUUUAAACCCACGGCUCGAAAAACUACCACUUUCAAAAAAAAGAAAGGAUUCCCGGCAUGUUUCAAGGUUGCCAAGAGUGACAAGGAUGAUACUUCUGUGCCGACGAGGAAGAGAGGCGGGCCAGCGGGUUCCAAACCUGCUAAGAGAAAGAUGGAGCAGAAAAUGGCACCGAAACCAGCAUUGGUUGACGACAUUCAUAACUCGGAUUUGACAGGCGAUACAGAGACAAAGAGGAAGAAAGGUGGGCCAGCGGGUUCCAAACCUGCUAAGAGAAGGAUGGAGCAGAAAAUGGCACAGAAACCGGCAAUUGUUGACGACAUUCAGCACUCCGAUUUGACAAAGGUGAAAUUGCCAGGAGAAUAUCACAGCUUCACCAAGCGUAUGUUAAAAUCUCAUGUAGUUCAAGGCUUUUAUCUGGGUCUCCCGGGUAGCUUUUGCACAGAGCAUCUUCCAAAGGAGAAUAAUACAAUCACAUUAGAAGAUGAGCAUGGGGAGAGCUAUGAUACAAAUUACCUACACGACAGGAAGGCGCUGAGCGGUGGGUGGGGAGAAUUUGCGCGUAAGCAUAGUAUUAGGGUCGGCGACGAUGUGGUCUUUCGACUCGACGGAACCAAAAAAUUCAAGGUGCAUAUACUAAGAAAUGGACCGCCAGGUUUGGACACAUCCAAGAAGAAUGACAUGUGGAGUGAGUCGAAAGUUCCAUCUUACGAGGCAGAAGGUUCAGAACAUGGUGUCAAUUCUAAAGAUCAUCUAGAGGUUACCGCUGGAGGCAACAGCUCAACAUCCAGCGUGGUGGCAACAACCUUAUUUGCGAGGGAAGAAGCGGUAGGCAUCGACGAACACGAUGUGAGAUCUCCAGAUCCAGGUCUCGGCGAUGUGGAGAACUUCCAAGUCAUCCUCCAUGGCUCGAUCACCGACCUCCCGGACGGCCUGCGCAGGAGGUACUACGAGCUCUGCUGCGCCCAGAAGGCGGUCCUCCACAGGAACCUGCUCGAGACAAACCAUAUGCUGGUUGAAGGGGUGAUCAUGGAGACCAGCGACAUCGCUGAGUGCGUCAUGGCCCCCUUGCAUGCUGCUGCUGCUACUUCUUCUCGCGAGGUUCUCCUGGUGUGGAAGAAGACACUGGGGGCAUUGGAGGGUUUGGGAAUGGACGUGGCGUUCUUGCGCAGACGCGUCGACGACCUUCUCGGCAUCCAUGCUGCUCGGGCAUCGACGGUUCGAGUUUACAGCCGCUGCCGGUGGGGACUCUAAAGAAUGUUCUGGAGGCAAUGGAUGUGGCGAUGGAGGAGUUUGAAUGAGAGUGUGAAAAGAAUGCCCAAGCAUGGCAACUGAAUUUUUGUGCACGUCAUCACUAACUUUCCCCCAUUGUCUUGUGCUCCCUCAUUGAGUGGUACGUAGCAUCUUUUGUAUGCAUCCAUGCAGUGUUCUUGUACGUAGUUAUCGUCAUCCCUUUGUCUUGCUUGUGUGUCUCCGGUUUCAUCUCAAGGAUGAGUUUCAGUUC